AUGCUAAGCUCACGAUCUCCAGUGCGUUCCGGCGCCAUUGCCGCGCUCGCACUAAACGUCUUAACUGUAUCUGCUCGAGUGCUCACGAGAAAUGCAACUUGUGCUGAUGUUUGGACACCUACCACGGCAGCUGAUUGGGUAGCCGCUAUAAAUCCUGGUUGGAAUGUGGGCAAUACACUUGAUGCUACUCCUGAUGAGGGCUCAUGGAACAACCCUGCGGUCACUCAGGAGGUGUUCGACGAUGUCGCAGCAGCCGGAUUCAAGAGUGUGAGAAUUCCUGUGACGUACGCCUAUCAUUUUACGGGAAGUUCACCUGACUGGACCAUCGACUCAACAUGGUUGCAAAGAGUUUCGGACGUGGUCGAUAUGGCAUUGGCGAGUGGUUUAUAUGUAGUCACCAAUGUCCACCACGAUUCCUGGGUGUGGGCCGACGUCACAGCUUCCGGCGCAAAUCUUACAAUGAUUGAGGAAAAGUUCUACCGCACUUGGCUACAGAUUGGCGAGAAGCUUGCAUGCAAAUCGUCGAGAGUCGCCUUUGAGUCGAUCAACGAGCCUCCUGCUAACACUGCUGCCGACGGUGCAGAACUGAACAAACUUAAUGAAUUAUUCAUCCAGGCCCUACAGGAGUCCGGCGGUUACAAUGCGCAGCGUGUAAUCAACCUUGCUGGUGGUGGUAUGGACAGCGUGAAGACUUCAGAAUGGUUAGAAAUCCCGGCUGCAUGCACCGAUCAAUGCGCCAUCCAGUACCACUACUACAGUCCUUACGACUUGAUCUUCCAGGCUUGGGGUAAGACGGUCUGGGGGUCUGAUGCAGACAAAGCAGCAAUAGAAGCCGACAUUGCAAACAUUCGUGGAAACUUCACAGGCAUCCCUCUGUUGAUCGGCGAAACCGAGGCCAACAUGCAAGUGGAGCCGGGUGCAAGACGCAAGUACUAUGAUUUCCUGACAAGCACCGCGACCAAGUACGACACAUCUCUGAUCGUCUGGGACAACGGCGAGGGUUUGCUUGACCGCAACACAAACACUGCGCGUGACCCUCAGGCGCUCGAGAUCAUUCUCAACGGCGUGAAGGGUGUCGCGAACAGUCUCUCAGACUCGACAACCGACGCUUCAGCCACCUCGCAGAGCAGCUCUGCUUUUCUCUUCCACAAGGUCGGAGACGAAGUCGCUGACCAGACGGUCAAUUUCAUCUUGAAUGGAAACACAAUCAAGUCCAUUGCUGCGGCUGAUGGAACCACACUGGAGCCAUCUUCAGACUACACUGUGUCCGGCGGCGAUGUCACUUUGAAGUCGUCUUUCCUGGCCCAGUACUUAUCUGCCGAUGCAGCACCAGGGAGCAAGACAAACCUCACGGUCUCCUUUUCGGCCGGUGCUACUGCGAAUGUUGAUGUCGUGCAGUGGGACGUUCCUGCGUUCUCAUCGACCACUUCGAAAGCUGUGUCUGGAUCCGAUCUUGUGAUUCCUGUUACUUGGAAAGGCAUCUACAACAUAGCUGCUGUAAAGAUGCUCCGAGCCGACGGUGUGUACUUAUUCGAUGACUGGACACAGUACCUUGGGCCACUGCAGCAAGCUCGUGGAACAUACAGCGGACAAUGGGAUCGAGAUGGCGCAAGCGUGAAACUCACUGCUACCACUGUUGCGGCAGUUGUUGCGGCUGGUGUAGAUACGGUUUUCAUGUUUGAGUUCUAUCCUAGAGUUCCCGGAAAUUCUGUCAACUACACUUUGACUGUGUAAAUGGACACAAGAAAUUUUAUCCCCUUUCAUCUGGGAAUAAGACAUUCCUUUUCUUAUUGUAUAUAAAUUCAAUCAAAAGACACCCAUAAU